AAUAAAGAAUACAGUAAUGUAAAUCUCAGCCGAGACCUCAUAAUAUUAAAACAGUACGAGUACAGUUACAGUAUUACUAAUAUAAUAUUUCCGUAGAAACUUUUCCCUGUGUUCAGUUUCUGAAGAGCUGCUUUUGAAGUUGCUGUUCUGUCCGUCCAAUAUAAAAAAUUAAUUGCAGGUGUUUAGCUAUAUUUCAGAAAGAAAUGUUGUAUUUAAAGAAGGGCCAAUAAUGCGACGUUUGUGUUACUCCUGCUGCGUUCAGGACGAGAACUUCAUGCGAAUCGUACUUUCAUCCACCUUUACUGCCUACAAAACUCUGGCAAAAAUUACUGCUUACUGAGUAGCAAUACGUUAUGAAAGCCAUCGUGCUGCUGUGGGAUUAAAAACUGCAGAAGGAACUGCUUGUUGCAAUAAUGCUGUGCUGCUGGGGUACGCCCGUUUAUUGAGCAUUCCCCUGAAACUGAUGCUAUGAAAGCGCCAAUAGCUGUAGGAAUAUUUUUGGCCUGUGUGUGCUUAUAUAUGGCCCUUCCAGGCAUUAACGCGACCAUACGGUGCAAUAUCUGUAUAACCCCGCCUGAGCAGUUCAAGAACUGUUCGGACACGGGAAACAUCAAUGUAACCUGUAACGGCACCGACACCUGUCAUGUAAUAACGACUUUAUAUAAUCCGGACCCCAACAAUUUAUUCUACUUUGAGCGGGGAAUGACACAGCGCAGCUGUCACGCUCCGAAAUCCGUCGCGGCGGCAGAUGACUGGCAACUGUUUAAUACACUAUCCAAAGGCGACAACAACACCAUGGUCUGCGUUCUCCUUAAUGGUAAAGACGUCGUCAAGGGGCCGCCGGGGAAGUUUUUGGCACGCAAGUGUCUGUGCGCCCAACCUUUUGAGAAUAAGAACAUGGGGUGUAACCAGAAAACAUGGGAUGAAAUCAUGGUGCAGCCGGUGAUAAUACAAAAGGACUCCUACUCGCCAGAUGAUAUUCUCGUAGCCUACCAACUGGGCGCUAACGCUUCCAGCCGCAUCAACGAGCCGCUACCUAGCGGGUUAUUACCAAACGAGCCGCUGCCAGUACCGCUUGCCACCACCACCGCCAUCACCACUACAGUGUCCGUGGUAACCGAGACGCCGAUUUCUGCAGUAAGCGGGGGCUCAAAUACAGGAUUGAUUGUGGGAGUAGUUGUUGGAGUGGUUGUUCUGCUCGGCGCCGUUGGCGGGGGAGCAUGGUACUGGUUUAAAGUGCGGAAAGGGAAACCGAAGAAACCGGGCAAUCGACCCGCGGCAAAGCCUCAGCCUAAGCAGAAGCAGUGAAUCUGGUGCGGUUACUUGAGACUUUUACUUGCAGAGGUUAUGAUGGGCCGCAAGAAUUUUUGGGAGAAGCUGUCUUAAAGACUUGAAAGUGUACGCUUUAUUGAAGGCGGUGCGGUUAGUGGUCAGUUAACGGAGGUCAAUCGAAGAUAAUGUUGUUGAGGUGACGGUUGCAAAGAAAAAUUCGCAAAUAAUCCGUUGUUAGC